AUGAAAGUAACAGAGGGCCAUGCCAUGGCUCCAUUUAUGGCAAUUACCCCUAACACGGUUACAAAUGGUUGGAAGAGAUUGUCAGGAGGACACACCAUCUUUUUCCUUUUCUGAUUGAACACCCGAUCGGAAUUCCGAUUUCGAUCCCAAUUAAAAAAAAAAACCAUUUUUGUGUAAUCUCAAUUUCCCGACCACAAUUUGCCGUCGUCGUCUCCGAUGAUUUGAGAAUCCAUCGGCUCCCAGCUUCUGUUGUACGAAUCUAGCUCCACCAUCGCGAAUCUUUGUGAGAGGAAAUGCAGAGCCAGAUAGUAUGCAGCGGGUGUAGGAGCCUUCUCAUGUACCCUAGCGGGGCCGGCAAUGUGCGUUGCGCCUUGUGUAAUGCCAUCACAAAUGUUCCUCCUCCAGGAAUGGAGAUGGCCCAGUUGAUAUGUGGAAGCUGCCGUACAUUAUUGAUGCAUACACGUGGUGCCACUAGUGUCAGAUGUUCGUGUUGUCACACAGUAAACCUUUCCCCAGCACCUAAUACCGCACAUAUCAAUUGUGGGAAUUGCCACAUGACCCUCAUGUACCCUUAUGGUGCCCCAUCUGUCAAAUGUGCCGUUUGUCAGUAUAUCACUAAUGUAAACAUGGGAAAUGUUCGGGUCUCGAUUCCUAUGAAUCAGCCAACUGCACCAGGCUCUUUAGCAUCUACACCAUCAACUUCAGCUGGACUGCCUAAUUCCAAGAGCCAAACAGUUGUCGUAGAAAACCCAAUGUCCGUUGACAAGAGUGGGAAAUUGGUGACCAAUGUUGUAGUUGGUGUAACCACGGAGAAAAAGUGAUCUUUCUCGGAAAAGCUCGGGUGCAAACAAUCACUAAAACGAAUAUCAAUAACCGGGAAAUUCUUUGAUAUGGUUUGGCAACAAGGUGUGU